AUGAGGUUUGCACUUCUAAAUUUGGCCAUUUGGGGUUUGGGCUGUGUGCUGGCCGGUCCGACGAAGGGCAGCGUUAAACGCGGUUGCUCCAAUGGUGAUAUUGACUUCAGAAACCUGGAGGUUGAUAGCGCCCCAAGCUACCCACGCCCCUACAUCAUGCGCCAUUAUGCUCAUGGCCAAGCUGUGACCGUUGGUGCGCAAACAUACCGAUUUUAUGUGACCGGACCUUCCUCCGGCUACGCAUUCACCCUUCUAUCAACCAACGCCCCUACAUCUGCAUCCCUUGGUGUACUUCCACAUAUCCACGAGCGCCAUUAUGAAAACUUCUUCAAUCUUAAAGGCCGGUAUCAGCUUUGGGCCAAGAAGGGAAACGGCACCCAACAAACCCGUGUCAUUGGACCAGGUGACUAUGGCUCUGUUGUGCGGAACACCACGCAUACCUUUAAAAUUCUCGACCCGGAUACUGAACUGAUCGGUGCUAUUGUUCCUGGUGGCUUUGAAGAUCUCUUUUUUGCCCAAGGGGAGAACCUCACUAACCCUGUCCACACGGCCUAUGUCCCUCAGAUCGACAACGAUACCACUGCCGAUGGCCCUGAUGCGGCCACCAUAGCUUCCCUGGAGAAGUUCGAUGUUUACUCUCAAGUCAACUUCACACCACGUACCGACGCAGUGGACGGCAGUGCCCCCAAAGGCUCCGUUUGGCACAACGCAAAGAACGAGCUGGGUGCCGUUGGUCAGCCAUAUUUCAUCGCCAACGGUUGGGGUCCCAAGUAUCUCAACACUAAGUACGGAUACCAUAUUAUUGCUCCGCUCGCCACCCCCACUCAAACCCAGGACACCAAUUUCACCCUCUCUACAAUUUCUAUGGGUGUCACGCUCAACAAUGCGACAGUUCCUGUAUGGACUUUCCCCGGUGCCGCCGCGUUUCAAAUCCUUGAGGGCAAGCUUACUAUUCAGAUUGACUGCAACCUUCCAUAUGAUCUGACCAUUGGUGAUGUUGCUUUCAUUCCGGGUGGCGUACCGUUCAAGUACUGGAGCGACUCCUAUUUCACCAAAGUGUUUUUCCUAAGCAGCGGUCACGAUGGUCUUGACCAGAAGCUGAUUGCUAGUGGUGAACCAUACGAAUAUGUCACUUUUCCUAUUUACUGGUAA